CUACGUCACGCCGGUAGUGGAGGUAAGCGCUCGGCCAAUCAGGAACCUUCAUGUUUUACCCGCUAUUCUUCUUCCUCCGUUAGUCGAAAUACACUAUUCCCAUCCACUUUUGACUACAGGGCACAAGACAAUUUAUCGGCGCUGGAGGCCCGCCUCGCGUCGCUGCCCGCGCUGGACUACCGCCUGGAGACGGUGGCGGCGCGUCUGGAGGACGUCGACAAGCGCCUGGAGCAGCUGACCAGGAACGUGGACGAGCUUCGCCUCGACGUGCGGCGCUCGGCGCACGAGCAGCCCGCCGUCGUGUCCCAGUUCGCCACGCGGGGAGCGCUGGCGUCGCUCAGAGUCGUGGAGAGGAAGUUGGACCGCCUGUCGAGGCAGCUCGUGGAGCAGCGCAGCGAGAGGGGGCAGCGCGGGGGAAGUCCCUCAGAGGACGCCCCAGGCACGCUGCUCAAGCUGGAUGGUGGCGGCCGGCUGCUCGUGCGCUGCCACACCGCCCCCGCCGCCCUGGACAUCCUCAAGGACGUCUCUGCCAAGGUGGACGUGCUUUUCGACCACAGCACGGUCUGUCGCGAGGAGGAGGCCGAGGUUGAGGCGGAGGCCGUGGGGGAGGCCGUGGAGGACGAGACGGACAACCAGGUCACCCGGCAGAGGCUGCGGCGUCGAGGCUGGGGCGCUAAAGGUCGAAAGCACGGCAACCAUACCGUUAAAGCCGUGUCACCCGAGGUAUCACCGUCGACAACCGUGGCCGGCAGCAUUGCAGAGAGAACCACAGCAUCACCCGUCGUCACAGCAAGGCCGACGCUGCCCUUUUUCUCCGACGAGACAGAGGACAGCAGCGCGUCACCGUCGGAGGUAACCGCAGAUUUGAACGCGGCAACGGUCACCGGGGAUGAGGUCGUCCCCGUCACCACGGACCCCACGCCGGAGAAUAGCCCGAUGGCGUGCAGGGACAAGCUGGUGCGGGCGCUGGGCGAGCUCACCCAAGUCGUGCAGGCACUGGGGAUACUGCCCGCCGUCCCUUCGACCGCGCCCGGACCGACGCCCGCGUCGAGGGGCUGUGAGGAUCUCGUCGACGAGCCUAGCGGAGAGUACGUGUUCGACGACCACCGGGUGUUCUGCGACAUGGACACGGAUGGAGGCGGUUGGACGGUGGUGCAGCGCCGCGGCGACUGGGGGGAGCCGCGGGAGAACUUCAGCCGUUCCUGGGCGGAGUACGCCGAGGGCUUCGGGAGCCCGUCAAAGGAGUUCUGGAUCGGCAACAAGUGGCUGCACAGGCUGACGGCGGCCCGCAACGUAUCGCUGCGCGUCGACCUGUGGGACUGGGAGGGCGAGAGGGCCGUGGCCGAGUACGGCGUGUUCCGGGUGGCCGCCGAGGACGACCUGUUCCGCCUGACGGUGGCCGACUACUCGGGGAACGCGACGGACGCCCUGGCCGCGCACGCGGACCGCCCCUUCAGCACCCGAGACGCCAACCACGACACAGCGCCGGCCUGCUGCCCCUGCGCGCCGGCCUACAGCGCCGGCUGGUGGUUCUAUAGCUGCUUUGAGGCGAACCUAAACGGCGAGUUCCACACGCACCCCGAGGAGAACGAGUACUACCGGGGCAUCAUCUGGGAGGGCUGGCGAGGCGACUACUCGCUCCGGGCCUCCUCCAUGAUGAUCAGGAGCCACUAGCUGCCGCUCCGUGGCACUUUAUAGUACUUGGACAGGAGCUCUCUAUGGAGUAGUACUGCUCCAUAGCGAAUAUGGGGGUGCACUGGAAAUAAAGAUGAAUCGGUAGCAAUAGGAAUAA